AUGUCUAUGGUUGUUAUUGCCCUGUUCUGGCUCGCUAAAGCGGUCGAACAACAUCCGGAUUGCAAAACCGUGCCACGUUUGGAUUAUAGCGCGUUUGUCGGCCUUUUGCCCAAACCAGUCAUCUAUCACACUCCAGUCGGUGUAACCGGUGACAGCGAGAUUAUUCGAUCGAAGAACUCCAACUCAUUGGAACGCAAAUCCUCUUACGUGGGUGAACAGGCACUCACCCCGCAUUACUUCGUCCGACCACAGGCGUCCAACACUAUGGGCAAUGCACAUACACAAUCCGUUACCUCCAUCAAGAAGGGUGUACCCCUGACAGAGAGAGCCCAAACACUUCCCGCUCAGACGAACAAUAGCGCACUGGAUGAGGAUGAAUGGCAGGCGGAUCUGGAUGACUGGCGGGAAAAACGGCGCAAGGCGGCCCGACUACAAGCGACCAAAAUGUUUAGUUUGGAAGAACAAAAACAAGAAGAAGAGCGAAAACACCAAGCGGCUAUUCGUGCUCGGAUGCAAGAAAUCAAGUUCUUACAUAGAAACCAGCGAACCUCGGUUACCAGCUCAUAUAUUCCAUCAACUGACAUAAUCCAACCGCCGCCAGUCAGCAGUCCCGGAAUGGCUUUACUUACUGGUGCAGCCUUCGAUCUCUCCGAAAUCAACGAUGAUAGUGUUCUUAGUGCGAUCGCACCCUAUGGAACAUUCAACAGGACCAACAAAUCCAACACGCUGGGAUGUGAUUGGACAGCCCCGUUGACAAAUGGUCAUUCAGUGGAACCAGAGGUUAAAUCUGAAGCUGAAAUCACGAGUGGACCAGACACAGAACACACACUAAACGAGGCUAUAUCAGACAUUGAUGAACCCAUUGAACCUAAAUCAUCGUCGGUCGACGCCUGCCAACCCGUUUCCAACUCUGAUAACUUGAGUGAUCCAUUAACCGCACAGGAGUUUCGCAGCAUUGUUAUUCGUUUACAACCGAAAAGUGGUGCCUUCGAACCGCGGUGGGGUUUGACCUUCGCCUGUCUCUACUCGGACUACCCCGACUGUACCACAGGCAGCUCUGCGGAUGUGUGCGAUGUUCUCAAAGGUGAUAUACUUAUUGAACUAAAUGGAAGAGAUUUGCGCAAAUCGUCCAACAACGAAUCAUUCACAUUACAUGAUCUGGAACAAAUGAUGGAUCAGCUCUUACUCUCCGGAAAAACGACAACCGUAACCGUUUUACGCAAAGUUGAUCAUCAAGACGAAUUCACCGAGUCCGAAUCCAUCGGCCCGUCCGAUGUGGUCGAGAGAGCCGCAUUGAACCAAGCUUCGGGCGAUAGCGAGGCCGUUGCUACCUCUCUGUCUGAUCUGGACGAAACGGUACUACCAGUUACAGUUACGACUAUCAACAAAGUUCCAGUCAAUUCGACAGGACGGUUUACACCGAACACUAACACUUCAGUCGACCCCCUACAACCCCUUGCUGUUCAAUCAGUCCAGGUUGGUGAUAGUUCCAAGUUUUGCUUAUUUCUACAAUACUCGGUUAAAGUAACGCAAAAUAAUUUGAAUGUGUUCCCUCAUAUGAGAAUCUUCAUGAAUUACUGGCUUUCUACAUAUAAAAUUCAAACUAUGGGAAAAGACGCUGCUUAUCAAAUCCCAUAG